AUGUGGACCAGGCAUUGUCCGGAUUGCCUAUAUAUCCCGAUAGCAUAUUAUGCCAGCGUGAUUACCCCCGAUAUCAGUAUAUUGGCCGCAGUGUCCACAGCAUGUGGGCCCAUUGGCAGAGUGUCCAUGGAUGGUCCCGGUUUCCCCGGGGCGGCCGCAUUCGCCGGGAGCAACGCAUCUAGCAAGAGACCGAGUUACGGCGGUUCAGGGACUGAGGAGCCAUCGAUUCCCAUGGACGCAGCUGAUAUUGAUGUGGCAGUGGGCGAGGUCAUGACCGCGUGGGAAGAGGCCGAGGCGGAGAAAGCCCAGCAGACUCUAUCAAGCAACUUCAAGGCACGAAGCACACAACAACGGGGCGGCUAG